AUGGCUUUCCGUACCGGAUGCGACGCCAUUUGGUGUCGGGGGUUCUCCCUGUCCCUCGAAGGGGAAGCUUUGGAAUGGUUCGAUGCACUUCCGAACGGUUCCAUCGGAGAUUUCAAAAGUCUAGGCGAUAUGUUUAAGAAUCAGUUUGCAGCAUGUCGCACACAAGAUAGUAUGGUGGUUGACUUGAUGAACUUAAAACAAGGUAAGGACGAAUCGCUUAAGGUCUUCAUGGAUCGAUAUCAGAAGACGGUGCGGCAAGUCAGAGGCCUUAGCGUUGAGCUAGCCCUUCAAUAUGUGAUGCCCGCCCUGAGGCCGAACCCAUUCAAGGAUAGCGUCUGCCGCACCCCACCCAAAACCAUGGAGGAACUGCGCCAGCGAGCCGCAGAUGAGAUGCUGGUGGAAGAAAUGAAACAAAAUUAUCAGCGAGAAGCACAGGAGGCGAAGGCGGAACGAACGGACAGAAAGCGAGAGGGUUAG